AUUGUCUUAGGCAAUUGUCUAUUUUCUUUAUUGCAUAUCUUUAUUCUUGCUCUUUUAGAGCAUUCUCAUUGUCAUAAAGUAUCCAGUGUUCAUAAAAUCACUUUUAAUGAGGCUGAAAGCACGUAUAGGAAGGCUAACUCUCUUUUGAGAAGGUACAGUGUUCUAAAACUGACUUUCAUGAACAAUGAACCAUUCGGGAAGUGGAAAACGUCAGGCGAAGGUUUUGGAAGAAAACUAUUGGGACUGCAGUGUUUGCACGUAUAGAAAUACCGCAGAAGCAUUUAAGUGCCUCAUGUGUGACGUCCGUAAAGGAACUUCUACGCGGAAACCCCGCAUUAAUCCCCAACUUGUGGCACAACAGGUUGCACAGCAACAAUAUGUACCACUUUUAAAGCCAGGAAAAAAGGAAGGUGGAAGUGGGGGUAGUACAACUAGUAGUGGUAAAGAAAAAGAUCGUAAAUUGGACAAACCAAGGCGUAAAAAUAGGCAUCCACCCCGUCUUAAAAAUAUAGAUCGUAGUACGGCUCAGACCAAUGAAGUGACAGUGAAUAAUGUUACUGUCGUUAUUACAGAAUAUAAGCCCAAAGUGAAAAAAAGUUCAGAUCAGUCUGGUUUAUCUAGCAGUGCUUCUUCUGAAAAUGGAAGUCAGCAUGAUUCUAAUCAAGACUCUAGAAGUCUGGAUAUAGGAACAGAUGCUUAGCUCAGUGCUAUAUCACAUAUGUGUUACGUAACAUUCAAUGAGGUCAGAUGUUUUAUGCUAUCAGUGGAAUCAUUGAAUU